AUGGCUACCACCAUUUCAUCAACUUGCUUCAUCUUUGUUCCUAUAAUUUUAUCAUCGUUGUUAUGUCCUAAAACAACAUUAUGUGCAACUGUCCUAGAAGACCUCAAAAACUUACACAAACCACCAGAUUUCAACACUACCAUUUUCAACAACUGUCUCAAAAACCCUUCUCUCAGAUACUGCACUUCCUCCCCCAUGGUUGACCUUGAUGAAAUAUUCAAACACACUAUUGUUGCUAGUCAUCUAUGCAAUGAAUCUAACAACCCCAAUUGUGUUGAAUCAUUUCCUAAAAUUGAUCUUCGUAACCGGCCAAACAUUGCAUCUCUUUACUUGUCUUUCACUUUCUUUUGGAAAUAUUGUCCUUUGAGUAUUCAAUCCAUUGAUUUCUCCAACAAUUCUAUAAAGGGUGGUUUUCCAAAUGAUGUUCUUUAUUGCACACAAAUUCAGUCUCUUGAUUUAGGUAUCAAUGAGUUUUCUGGUGAAAUUCCAAUUCAAAGUUUCUCUUCACUAACUAACCUCACUUUUCUUAACCUUUCUUAUAACUGUUUCUCAGAGAGUGAAAUUUCUGAUUCACAAUUCUUCAAAAAGUUUAAUGCUUCUAGUUUUCUUCAUUCUGGUGCUCUUGUUGAUCACAAAAAGUUUACUAUAAAAGCUAUCAUUUUAUUGGUUGGUUUUCCUAUUCUUGUCAUUUUGAUGGUAAUUUUCUUGGGAUGGCUUUGUUUUCAAAGACCUGAUUUUCUGCCAAGAAUACUUCAAAGUAGUAGAGGAUAUACAUUUACACCAGCAAUUCUUGAGGCUGCAACUUGUGGUUUUUCGAACAAAAAUUUGGUUGGUAAGAGUGAUAUUGUCCAUAUCUACAAAGGGGUGUUAAGAGAUGCAACUGAAGUGAAAAUUGAGAUGUAUUGGGAUGAUAUAUCAAGGGAUAGCUAUCAUAAAUUUGUUGAGGAAUGCAAGAUUCUGUCUGAGUUAAAUCACAAGAAUCUUGUUAAGGUUUUAGGAUGGUGUAAAGGUAGAAAAUUCAGGGCUAUUAUAACAGAAUGGACAGAAGAAGAAAAUGUUGAAAUGUGGCUAUCAGGGGCAAGUCCAUCAUGGAAUCAUAGAGUGAAAGUUUUGAUGGGAGUUGUUGAAUGCAUGCUAUAUCUUCAUGAGGAGUGGCCUGAAGUUGAUUACGAUCUCAAGACAAGUAGUGUUUUGUUAUCUGAUAAACUAGAACCAUUGAUUUCAAGGUUUCAAGUUGGAGAAAGAAACAACAGUAGAAGAAAGGUGUGUAAGUUUGGAGUAUUUCUGCUGGAGAUGAUACUAAACAAGAGCGUUCAAGAGGACUUUGAUGGAGAUGAUGCCGGUUUUAUUAGCUACAUGAGAACUCUUCGUCUUUCAGAAAUGCAACAAAUGGUUGAUGAGAGAAUAAAUGUUACUGAAACAACUUUGCAUCAAGUUAAACAGGCUUUAUCCCUAGGAUUAAUGUGCAUAGACCAAUCAAGCAAAGAGCAACCAAGCUUGGCACAAAUAUUUAAUAUUGUAUCAAAGGCAUACAAGUCUAACCUUGUUUUGCCAUCUGCAAAUCAUAAAACAUUUCAUGGAGAUAAAGUUAUGGGACACAAGCAUUUUCAGUUUAGAUAA